AUGGCAGCAGCACCUAACCCCGCCAACAUCACCUUCGAGGACUUCCUCGGCCUCACAACGGCCUGCUUCGAGUGGGCAGACAGCUAUGACUCAAAAGACUGGGACCGCCUGUCCCGGUGCAUCGCCCCAGAGCUCCGCAUCGACUACCGCUCGUUCCUAGACAAGAUCUGGGAGGCCAUGCCCGCUUCCGAGUUUCUCGCCAUGAUCUCGUCCCCGAGCGUCCUCGGCGACCCCCUCCUCAAGACGCAGCAUUUUAUCGGCGGCACCCGCUGGGAGCGCAUCUCGGACACGGAGGUGGUGGGCCACCACCAGCUGCGCGUGCCGCACCAGAAAUACCGCGACGCCAGCAUGUCGGAGGUUCUCGUCAAGGGGCAUGCGCACAGCUAUAACAAACACUGGUAUCGCAAGAUCGACGGCGUGUGGAAGUUUGCCGGCCUGUGCCCCAUUAUCCGUUGGAGCGAGUACGAUUUCGAGAAGGUGUUUGAGAGCGGACGGGAUGAUUUCGGUGCGAGGGAGGAGAUUGCGGGUGCUGAGGCGGACAAAGAGCCAGCCCUGGCUGUUGUGGAGAGGGAAAUGGCUAUUGCGGCGGCCAGUUGA